AUGGCGAGCUACUGGCUCUUCUUGGCCCUCUUCCUCUUGGGCCCUGACUCCAUGAGGGAUGAGACAUGGCACAGUGGUGUUGCCCACAUAGAUGUUCACCGUCUCUGGCAAGUUCUGGAUUUUCCGCCUGCUGGCUUUGGGGCGGUCUUGGUCUUCGAAGAGGUUGUCGCCGUCGCCCUGGUCCUCUUGGCCUCCCAUGGCAUGAUGGCGAUCCAGCUGCUCAUUUCGCUUCUCGACGAGCUUCUGGAAUGGUUCGUAGAAUGUCAGAGAAGCCCUGGAUGGAUUCUUGGCCCCUGUCAAGAAUUGGACAAUGGGCAGGGAGCUGGCCCUCAUUUGGAGAUACUUCUGGCCAUCUGCUCCUUUGUGGAUGAGGUACUCUGGAAUGGUCACAAAUGGCUCGUUCUGGUAUUUCAGAAUCACCUGCGAGUCGACGGAACCCCACAAGAUCCCUGUGACUGCAGCGAGGUCGACGCGGAAAACGAGCAGAAGCAUACUCAGUUCAAGGAAGCUCUGCAGAAGAUCGAGUCGACACUGUCCACAUUGUCGGAGUUCCUGAACCAGCCUAUGCCCUCCAUUGAAGAGGAGCAGAAUGUGUCGCGCAUUGGGGCGGGGGAGAAAGCCAAGGAAGAGGUGGUGGAAGAAGAGGAGGUGCUGAUAUUCGAGGACGACUCGGAGCAGCAGAAGUUUUAUGAAGACCUGGUGGACUUGAAGGACAUCAUCCCGGCAGUGCUCUUGACCUCUGGCAAAGGUCCGGUGGACGCAGAGGCGGAGAAGGAGGCCAAAGCAGAGAGACCGAGUGAGGACAAGGAGAAGCCCAAAGACCUCUCUGCGGCUUCGGACUUCGAUCUUUACCUCAUGCGCGUGUCCAAGGCGGAAACCGCCAAACAGGUGGAUGAGAUUGUGGUGGAGUUCUUCCACGACUUCAACACCAAGGGCAAUCGCCACAAACUCGCAGCCCACAUGUUUGGAGCUCACAAGGCCAAGCAGCUCCACCUCUUGGCCCCCUAUGCCCGCAUGGCGGCGAUGCUCGGGCCCUACGUCAAGGACAUGCCCAACCUCCUGAUGUCAUGGCUCCAGCAAGACCUGGAGCAGGUGAUCAGCGACCCCAACCCCAACCUCUUGGAGCAGAAGGUGAAGGUGGUGAAGUUCCUCUGCGAGCUAUGCAAGUUCAAGAUAUGCCCGCCUGGCGUCAUCCUGGACAUUUUCAAGACCCUGUGCGACGACUUCAACCAGCAAAAUGCGGAGCUUUGUGCCAACUUGCUCCAGACGUGCGGGCGAUACCUGCUGUACAAGCCUGAGACGGGCACACGCACCGACAACUUGCUGGAGCGCAUGCUGCGCCUCACGAAGGCCAAGAGUCUGCCCCUGAGGCUGGAGAUCAUGUUGGAGGAUGCCUUCUACCAAGUGAAGCCGCCUGAAGGGAAGCGGAAGCAGAAGAAGGAGAAGGAGCCUUUGGAGCGCUUUGUGGAGCACUUGGUCUUUGAGCGCUUGUACAAAGAGGAGGACGAGGACCAGUUCCUGAGGCUCGUGCGGAAGCUUCCCUGGGACGGCCCGGCAGUUGGUUGGCUGAAGAAGUGCCUGCUGGACCUAAACCAUCACGCCAACUACGAGAACCUCUCCUGUGUUGCGUCCUUGCUCAGCGGGCUGGCCAAGUACCGGGAUGCUUUCGUGAUCGAUGUGAUCGACUCGCUCCUCGAAAACAUUCAGGUGACCAUCGAGAGGAACGACUUCCGGGAGAUGCCCCUGAGAGUUCGCCAAGUGAAGCUGGUGGGAGAGCUUUACAACUAUCGGCUGGUGGACUCCGUUCUGGUCUUCGACUCUUUGUACCAGUUUAUCGGCUUCGGCGGGCCGACGGCCUUCCGCGCUGGCCAGCACAUCACCGCCCACAAGCUUGUGGAGCGAGGCCUGGCCAAGCGGGGCCUCAACAGCAUCACCGAGGAGGCGGAGGAUAACGAGGAUGGCACGCAGCUUCCGGACAUCCUGGCAGACCCGCAGCACCCACUGGAGGCGCCCUGGGACUUUUUCCGCAUCAAGCUGGUGUGCGUGCUUCUGGAGACCUGUGGCCACUACUUUGACCGCGGUGCCUCCAAGCAGAAGCUGGAUCGUUUCCUGACCUUCUUCAUCCGGUAUGUCCACAGCAAGGGAGAGCUCCCGCAGCGGUUCAUGAACAUGGUCUACGACACCUUGGAGCGCCUCAGGCCGCGUUUGGUUUACCCCGAGCUCAAGGCCAAGGCGAACGAGGCGGUGAUUUCGCUGCUGGACAAGGAAAAGAUGGAUCUCAACGUCGGAGGAGAGAAAGCCGAUGGCCGAGAUGAGGACGAGGAGGGGGAUGAGGAUGAGAGUACCGAAGAAGAGGAAAGCGGCUCGGAUGAGUCCUCCGAGGAGUCCGAGGGGGAGGAGGACUCGACCGAAUCAGAUGAUGAUGAGGAGGCGUACGACCGUGGAGACGAAGGGCAGAAGCAUGCGGCGGAGGACGACUUCGACAAGGAGGUCCAGCAGAUCCUCAUCGAUUCCCUCGAGAAAGAGAGGAACGCUCCCAGAAUACUGUCGGAGCUACCGCCGCCCACGAUGAUCGCCAAGAAGACCGAGCAGCUUGGGGAGAUGCCCAUGGGUCAGUUCAACCUCCUGCAGAAGAAGACGGGAGGAAAGCUGCAGAUGCGGCAGCUCAGCAUCCCGGACGGCUCCAAGCUGCUGCAGGCUCGGAAGGCAGGGGUGGAAGAAGCCUCCAAGGAGAAGGAAGACGUGAAGAGGUUUGUGAUGCAGUACGAAGAGACCGGCGCAGGUGAUGCCUCCGGAUCAGUCAUCCCCUUCGCGGUGCGAACCAGGGCUGGCAAGGGCGGCAGGAAGGGCCGGCACGAGAAGGUGUACCUCAAGGAGGAGCUGAUGCCUGAGGAAUCUCGCCCAGAGACUGCCAUGAUGAUGGGAGGCGUGAUUGUGCGGUACAAGGGCAAGGGCAAGGCAAGAAAGGCGGCAAGGGGCCAAGCGUGUUGA